AUGGAAGGAGCAUCGCCCUCAGAGUUGCUUGACACUGUGGCAACUCUCUUGCACACAGCCGUGAGCCUGAGAUCUUUCUCAGCACUGGGAUUAAAGAGCGUGGCAGGAUCAGAGCUGCAGCUGCAGGAGCAGUUGGGACAAGCAGGCCUUCUGGGGGCAGUUGGUGGGGAUGAGGUUGCAGAGCUGUCGUCUGCUUCGCAGCCCACUCUUGAAUGCAGUCUGCAUCACCUCACAGUCGGGUGGGGCUUCAACAGCGGCUUGCUGCGCGCAGCGAUUGGUGGCAGCGAGUUUCUGACCUCUCUGACAAUCGGCUUAGGCGCCCAGAUAAAUGACGCUGACCUGGAGACUGUGUCCCUGCUGUGCCCGCACCUCCAGCGGCUGGUACUGCGAUUUGCCAUGGUGUCUGAGACUGGCGUUGGCAAGGUGGUGAGAGCGAGCCGAAGCCUGACAGUGCUGCAGCUACUGCGCUGCUCUGGGCCCUUUGGGGACGACUUGGGUGCAGCGUUUGCGAGCCGGCGGCCGCUGCUGCUGCUGAAGGAACUGCGCAUUGUGGGCGGCGCACAGCAUCUCACCGACCAAGGCCUAGCUGCAUGCCUGUCUAGGUCAGUCGCACAGCUGCAUGCUCUAGAGCUUGCGAGGUGUUCCUCUAUCACACCAGACGCCGCGUCAUCCAUCCAAUUGCACGCAGACACCCUUGAACACCUAGUGCUGGUGUAUUGCGACAUUUUCAGCUCCGCAAGAGGCAUUGAAGCUCUUCAUAUGGUCACGGCUUGCUCAGAGCUACGGACCCUGACACUGCGACACUGUGCAACACCAGCGUCCACAUUUAGACUGCCAGAACUCAAGGCGUGCAGGCUGCUCAGACAUAUCUCCCUAGACGCCUGUGACAUGGACCACUCACCUCUCAAGGCUUUCCGCAUUGCCUGGCUCCGGCUGUGGAAUGAUGCUUUGAGGUUUGUGGAAGUGCACAGCUGUGGGACGCCCAUGGCGGGGGUUGCCGGAAAAAGCUCUUUAUUUGGUGAGGACCCGGUGGGCUCUUGUCACAACACUUUGGAGAGGUAUGAUCUUGCGACCGGACAGCUGCACCGAUGGGACUGGAAGUCCCAGACAUGGGUGGUGUCUGCUUGCCUCAGCCAAGAUCUCAGAAGCUCUAUUUAAAACAAUAUGUGACCGUGCAAACUUAUUGAAUG